ACCCUGAAGCGACGAAUAGACCUGCUGUGCUGAGGAUGAAAUGCAUCAUAAUCAGAAACAUCUACAGACGUUGUGAUCCACUGAUGUGCAGCUUCAUCUUUCUUCAGUUUCUUUCAGUUUUCUUAGUAUUUUAUUUGUUUUUCUUCUCCAAUUUUCAUCCUUUUUGCUUCUAUUUCAACUUUCCUCAAUAAACUUGACUUGCAUUUACAUUUUGCUCGGUUUUCAUUUGUUCACUACAAACAGCCUGAUGGGGACAAAAACUUUGACAAACUCCUUCCAAACAAUGAAGGCAGUUUAAAAACUGUUUCCUGUCUGAACAGGAAGGAACAUGUGGAGGAAGUUGGUUGAAUGCCUGUGAGAACGCUGCCUGCUGUCAAGAUGCAACGGGAAACAGUGGUGUAAAGUCAAAGCCAGUGACUAUGUGUUCGGAGAUCCCUGCUAUGGAACCUACAAGUAUCUGGAGGUGGAAUAUAUUUGUUACAAUCAUCAGUGAAGGUUUAUAAACCCUCCAUUCCCUGGUUGAAGGCACAUUGUUUACAGUGAGUCCUGCUGCUGCUGUUAUUCUUCAUCACAACAAGAUGAAAUUCGUCCUUUUUACUUUGUUCCUUUGUGGAUUCGUCCUGGAAAUCAAUGCAGGACGAGGUUUUCAAAACCCAAGAGCUCUUCGUGUGGCAUGUGAGGAAUCAGUGGCAGAAAUAUUGUGUGUAAAUGGGUCUAUAUCUGUGAUCAGUGCUAAAUAUGGACGCAGCGACCAGACGACGUGCUCCGAUGGGAUACCUGACGACCAGACAGAUAAAACUGAUUGUUCUACGAGGGCAGAUUUAGUGUUUCAGAGAUGCGAUGGGGAAUCGAUGUGCACUGUCUUUGCCAGUAGCUCUGUGUUCGGAGAUCCCUGUGUUGGGACCUACAAGUACCUGGAGGUGUUAUAUCGUUGUGAAAUUCCAUUUGUAAUUGACAUAAGCGACAAAUGCACACUGCUUCCAGUGAAUCUGGUUUCUGCUGCUGCUUUGAUUCUUCAUCACAACAAGAUGAAAUUUGUUCUUUUUACUUUGUUCCUUUGUGGAUUCAUCCUUAAAGUAAAUGGUAAAAGUUCAUCAGGAGCAUGCCUCCCGGAGGAAAAAUCCCUCGUGGCAUGUGAGGGAAGACUGGCUCGACUCCACUGUGGAGAAGGUCAGGCUAUCUAUGUGACCAGAGCUACAUAUGGACGCACUGAGAAGAAGACGUGCAGAGCUGGGAGACCUGCCGACCAGCUGGAGAACACUGAAUGCUCCACAGACACAGAGGAAGUUGGUGAGAGAUGCAACGGGAAACAGUGGUGUAAAGUCAAAGCCAGUGACUAUGUGUUCAGAGAUCCCUGCUAUGGAACCUACAAGUAUCUGGAGGUGGAAUAUAUUUGUUACGAGGUUCCCCAGUUGUGCCCAGAAUAGAAGCAGAAGUCGCCUCCUUCAUCAAGAUGCUGAUGAGGCUCUGAUGCUGCUGCCCCAACUGAUGACGGCAGAAGACAACAGACUGAGAAGAUCUGCAGCCUCUUGCUGCAAACCUGGAAGGAUCUUAGCUUCCUCAAGAAGCUGACAGAAAAUAACCUGAACUACAAUUAAACAUAAUAAAUAAAGUAAUAUCACAAAUUAUAGCUUUGAAAAUCUUUUAUUUUUCUUCCUGUUAUGUCAACCUUAAACAUAGCUUUUCUAUCCAACUGCUUCUCUUUGUAAACUUCUUCACCCAAAAUAAAACAAAAAGCUCAAA